CUGCACAACAUGUCAUGUCAUAUCAACAUAUAAAAAAUGUCAACUGUAAUGGAUGGUGACGAGGCAGAGGUUUCAAAAAAUUCGGAAAAUAUUAAUUGGCAAUCCAACAUUCAAAAAGAAGUGCAAAAUACAAUUAGCAACAACAGCUUAGAAUAUGGUUUGCCUCUUGAAGAAGUUUACAGACUAGGACUUAACUUUUAUAAAGAAAAAGGUGGCAAAGCGGUUCAUUUUAGCUAUGAAGACAAUUUGCAAUUGGUGGCGUUUUCUCAGCAGGUUGUUCACGGCCCCUUGUGCGAUGUUAUUAACAAACUAACUCCUCUAGGAACUUUAGAUGUUGUUGGCAAGGAUAGAAGAGAGGCAUGGCAAAAACUUGGUAAACUUUCAACUGAGCAGGCCCGUGCAGGAUUCAUUGAAUUAUUGGGUCGGAGGUGUCCUUUAUUUUCUGCAUUUGUGGAAGCUCAUAGGAGAGAACAACUGGAACAUAAACAGAGAGAGAAAAGGGAAUUGGAACAAAGACUUCUUGAGAUGGAGGAACAGAGAAAAAAGGAUGAGGAAGAGAAACUUCGAGUAGAACAUUUGCAGAAGGAAGAAGCUAUAAAGAGGCAAAUUCAACAAGCUUUAAAUGAGCAAACUUAUGAUCAGUUUAGAAAAUAUUCUGAACAACAAUAUCCAGGCGAUCCGGAAAAACAGGGCACACUUAUCAGGCAGUUGCAGGAUCAACAUUACAUUCAAUAUAUGCAACAAUUGCAACAUGCACAGCAAGGCAGCCAAGGUGAGAAAACCGAGGUUGUGGAGAAUAAUCCGAAUGACUAUCUUGGUGGAUCUGAGAAUUUAAAAGAGUCAAAAGACAUUCUUCAAGAAGAUGAUGAUGUAACAACAAUUGUUGCCGCCAGCAUGUGGACUCUGCCAGAUAUUGAAGCUUUCAAACAAAGAGUUUCACAGAAUGAAGGAGAUGGAGUUGUUAGGGUUGGUCAUGGUGAAACUGUUACUGUUAGAGUUCCUACUCAUCCAAAUGGGUCUAGACUUUUUUGGGAAUUUGCUACUGAUCACUAUGAUAUUGGUUUCGGUAUUUAUUUCGAAUUUGGUAAUCCUAUGACUGAAGAGGUAUCGGUUCACGUUUCCGAAAGUGAUGGAGAUGAUCUGGAUGAGAUAGAUGAAGAGGAACUGUAUAAUGACGUAGCGUUGAAGAACGAUCUCGAAGCGGCAGCUAUCGAUUUGUCCACAUUAACCAAACCACUAUUAACUGAAAUUGUUCCAGUUUAUCGAAGAGACUGCCAAAAUGAAGUGUACGCCGGUUCACAUUUAUACCCAGGCAAAGGAGUUUAUUUACUUAAAUUUGAUAAUUCUUAUUCAUUGUGGAGGUCCAAAACCCUGUACUAUAGGGUGUACUAUACACACUGAAGCCCAGUAUUGUUGUUUGAUGUUCUAAUGUGUUUGUAUUGUCAUUCUCAAACUUGCCUUUAAGCAUUUCGAUUAGCUUAAGGUUGAAUUAUUACUACUGUUAAGUUUAUUUCAAUUUAUUUAUGAAACAUUAUUUUUCUCAAUUAGAGAAUGUUGAUACAUUUACUUGUUUUAUAUUGUACUUUCUCCCUUUGAGAGUGCUAAUAAAUAAUUCUUCACCUGGUGUAACCAAAGAUUAACUUGGACAGCAAUGUUCAAUGACAACAAAUUGAUUGAUGAACUUCCUAAUCUAGGAAUAAUGUAAAUUGUUUCAAGUAUUUCAAGGAAUCAGUUAGUUUAACUUUGGCAGACAAUAAUGAAAAAAAAAGUGUUUUUACAGAAAGAAAUAAACACUCGCCUAUAUGAAUGAGACUAAUCUAACUUUACAUAUUUAUGCACUUUAUUCAACUAAAUGGGAUAUGCUGAGAAAAUGUGAAUGAAUUUAUUUCUAUAAAUUGAUUUACAGGCAACAAACAAAACAAGACAUAAUUUUUAAAUUAUUAUUUAUUUAGAAGUAACAUUCCAUUGUAGAUAAACAUAAUUAAAACUUUGGUUGAUAAUACCAGAAUACUUACUAACAAACAGCUAUCACAUGUUUCUUUAAUAUAAAAUAGUACAAGCACUUCAACACGUGUUAAUUAAUUAUAUUAAACUAGGUACAAGGCACAUGAUGUAUAUUAUUGUCUUCACUAUUCUAAAAUUUGUACUCAUAAAAAUUAAAAUAUGACAAAAAUAUAGAAUCAUAGAGAACAAGUGAAAGGUUACUAUUUUGAAAACCUUCAAUUAACUAUCACUGCAAUUUUCUGCAGCAUGGUAUUUGUAAAAAACUUUGUUGGUGGCCUGCUAACAACUUCAAUACAAAUGAUCUUCAAAAACGAAUCACUUGACCCAAUUACAUCUCACGCUAGAAUUAUUUAAAACUAUUAGCAAGUUCAGAUUUUUAACAUUUUGUGGUUUUCUCAGCUUGUUAAUUCCUGACAAAAAAUAUACUAACUAACCUAGGCUUUAAAGUAAAAAAUUGGACAUGAAGUCAUAUAAUUACAUAAUUCCAUCCAUUUUAAAACAUUAUAAUUUUUUUGUUCCUUAAAAAACAUACGCCACUGAUGCACGAUAUUUUCACACAAAAUUUAAUUCCCAAUAACUAAUUUUUAGGAAUUGAAUUAAAAAAAAAAGUUUUUUCACACUACAGGGAAUACAAACAUAAGAGCCUUUUUUGGCUUUAGGAUCCCGUUCAAUUUCAAAGAAAUACAAAUAAAUCCUUUUAAACAAAUUUGAAUGACAAUUAUACAUUAUUAGUAAAGGAGCUUACAUGGUAUAAAAUGAUAGGCAUGUUUAUGUGAACUCAAAUUACUUACUGCUUUG